GGAACUGGUUAUUUAUACAAAUUUCAUUUGCUCCUGCACUUACUGUACUCUGCUUGUAGUUAGUUUGCUUGGUCAAUUCCUACAUCUAAUUGCUAUAGAUACUGUGGCAUUCACCUUGAUCUGAAAAUUGAUCCAAGGAACUGAUGCCGUGAAGAUUCUAGGAUUCCUAAUGGGUCACGGACGCGGGAAAACAAGCUGAUGGUUUCCUGCGAAAAUGCCAUGUAGCAAUAGCGUUGUCUAGCAGCAAAUUAGAAAUCAUUGUUCUUAAUUAUUAAUCUGAACCGUGUACCGAACUUGAACUUUCAAUAUGGGAGAUAUCCUGAGCUAUACUCCCGCGUGAUUUGUUUUGCGUUGGACAUUAGGCUUUGCUAAACAAUCCAACAGUAUUGAUGUUAGUGUCACUAUUCCAUUAUAGACGUGCUAGUAGGACACAUGCAAUGUAGUCGAUUUCGGCUAUCUCGGCCGGAAUUCCGGCCGAAAUUCCGUUUUCGGACCAAAGAAAACCGAAAUGCAACUUUCCGCCGAGACCGAAAGUAUCCGAGAAACAACCGAAAUUCCGGCCGAGAUUGGAGAGUGGAAGCGGAAUUCCGGGCCGAGAUUGGAGAGUGGAAGCGGAUACAGGGAGAUAGAAAAGAAAUUGUCGGAGUUAACAUCAAGUUCUCUGACCGUCAGAGAAAGAAAAAAAAAACAGAAACGGAUCGAGAGAGAAGAAAAAAGAGAGGGAGUUAGAUCGAGAGAGGAAGAUAUCCAGCAAGAGAGGUAGAUAUAGAUCGAUAUAAAGAGUUUGGUUGGGUGCUAGACAAAGAGAUUCAAGGAUUUAGAUUGAGAUAUGGAGCUGUUUUGAUUUUGGUCAGAGAAGAUUAGGUUUUCAAUCAGAAAACAAGUAAGUAAUCCAAACCCUUUCUUUAUUUUUGUUAAAAUUGACUGAUGCAUGAUGUUUUUAUUGAUUAUAAUCGAAGUUGAGAUGAUUGUUGUUCUGAAAUUUAGGGUUUAUGUAAUUAGGAUUUAUCUGAAAUUGGGUAUUGUUUUUCAGAAAUUAGGAUGUUGUUGUUAUUAUAUCUGGAUUCAUUUUGUAAUAUUAUAGCUUAGACUUGUUGCCAUUGCCAAACAACACAGUAGUAGUAAGUCAGAGACAAGUAAAAAGAAGUAAAAAGAGAAGAACAUCUUUUUCUCUUCACUGUCUGUGUAUGAUCAUAUGUUGUUUCAGAAUAUUUCCUCGUUUCAUAUGUAAGAAACUGCCAAUGUGCACCAUUCUUACUAGUGGGGCUCUUAGAAGAUUUGCAAAGAUCAUUCUAACUCUAAGAAUAAGAUAUCAUACCUAGACAUGAUCUUGACUAUCCAGCCCCAUUGUGUUCCCAUUUCACUUUCAGUUUCUGAAAAAAAUAAUUGGAAACAGCGAGGGCACUAAAUGUAGUUAGAAGUUAGAACUCUCUUAUCUACAUAAAAUCUUAGCAGCUACCUGGUGAAUAUGAUACUGUUGGAUGUAAACCAUCCGUGAUUUUCGUAAAAAUCAAUUACUGCAAAACUCCUGGAUACAGUCCUGGUAAUUGAUAGACAGAGAUCCAAUAUGGUGCUACUUAGCUUACUAGUUACUGUUUUCUGUAUAUCACUAGUAACUACUUCAAGCAUUCAAGAAAUAAACCAAAUUUUGCAUUUGCUAAAUACAUCCGGGUUGUGAUCUGCGUCUAGUGCCAUGCUCAGUUUUAAAGUAACCCUGAAAACGGGCAUUUAAUGUAUCUUCUCCGCCAGAACAUCACGAGGCACACCUUCAAAAGCCACCUUGGUCUCGAGCAGAGCAAGAGUGCAAAUCAGAACAGUGUCUCCUUGCCAGGUACACCUGCACACUAAAUGCAAUAUCUGGGUGCUCACUUUUAAUUGCCUUUGUACUAAUUUCUCUUUUAAGUAACAUUUUAGAUAUGUUCUGGAUUAAUUAGUUAAGUUUGAAGUGUUUCCAUUUUUGUGUUUUUUUUGUUCGUUUUUUGUUGGAUUGAUCGUAUUUCAUUAUAUCAUAAGAUUCAUAACAUAUGUAGAAAUUAUAUAUAUAAGUUGGAACCGAGAUUACACCGAGAUUUGAAAACGAAAUCUCCCCGAGACAACGUUGUACCAGUGUCUCGCUCGGGACCGAGACAAACCAGAAUCCAAGAUCGACUACAUUGUCACACAUGCACAAAUAAUAUUUAAAUAAUGAACAUUGGAGUCAUAGUGUCACCUCUACUAGAGCAUAAAUAAAAUUUGUGAAAAUACAAAACGUGAUGCCGCCUAGUAGAAUAUAGAACGAGGAAGAGAGCAAAGGGGUGCUUAAGAUCACUAUCUGAUAAUACUAGUCAUAGUGGGCUUUCAUUUUGGUUAUCCAAAUGGCGGAUAAUUUCUAUAUUAUGUGCCAUGCGAUUAGGUCUGGCCAGGUUUGGCCAUGAGAGUCCUCUUUUUAAUGGAAGAAAAAUGCCAAAGUAACACGGUGAACAUCAGCCAGGUGUUGCGUCCGUACCGUACACGUGGUGAAAUGAAAUGUCAUCACUUUUACAUACAAAAACAUAAAAACAUAGUCGUCGAUGCAAGUCUUUAUGUAAUUGGACAACAACUAAGGUGAGAAAGAUUCCAGACUUAGUUGACAAACACUCUUGAAUAUCAAUCCUCAUUUCCUGUAUAGUUGGAUCCGUAACCAUCUCAGGAAGGUACAUGCCCGUAGAACCCUGAGUGAACCACGUUAAAAUCUCUCCAUUAUCUUUGUCUCACUCCAUUCCUUCAGUCAACUUCUACCGACAUUUUGUCACACACACCGGAUACGGAUUCUAGCUUCAUCACUUCCGUUAAUGGAGACCGGAUCAGAUGAAAUAUUGCAGCAUCUAUUGGUGGAUAUAGAUGAUGGUGAAGAAAAUAGGUGAAUUAUCAAAAGUCUUAGACACAACAGGAGUACAGAUACUGCUUGAUGUAAGUGUUGAUAUACCCAAAGGAUUAAUCGUUGGGAUUAUUGGUCCCAGUGGUAGUGGAAAAUCAACGGUUUUAAGAUCUUUGAAUCGAUUGUGGGAUCCACCUAAAAAUACCGUGUUCCUUGAUAAUCAAGAUAUACUUGAUCUUGAUGUUCUUUCACUGAGGCGCAAAGUAGGAAUGCUUUUUCAAUCCCCUGUUCUCUUCCAAGGUACUGUUGCGGACAACAUUAGAUAUGGUCCGAAAUUGACAGGGAAAAAGCUAUCAGAUGACGAAGUAACCAAGCUACUCGCCCUAGCUGACCUUGAUUCUUCUUUCGCUAGCAAAAACGGCAAUGAACUUUCCGUGGGGCAAGCUCAAAGAGUUGCUUUAGCUAGAACACUAGCCAAUGACCCUGAGGUAUUACUAUUGGAUGAACCAACCAGUGCUCUUGAUCCAAUAUCGACGCAGGCCAUAGAAGACACAAUCCUAAAGCUCAAGAAGACACAUAAGCUAACAACUGUCAUAGUUUCUCACAGUGUUAGGCAAAUCCAAAGGAUUGUCGAUAUAAUAUAUCUCCUAGUUGAAGGUAAGAUUGUUGAGGUUUUAAGACCCGAUCGUCUCUCUGAAGCCAGUCAUCCGAUGGCUCGAAAGUUCCUCGAACUCAGCUAGUAUUAUCACUUUCUCUAUCUCUGUUUAUGUUUUUAUAUAUGAUGAUUUGGUGCUUGAAUCAAAUGCACUUGCGAGGAUAUAUAUGUGGAAUAUUGCAUAAUGAUGGAUCUGGCGAAUCACAUACUCUUUCUUUUUUAGAGAUUGGACAAAGCUGCACUGCAUGAUUCCACUACUUGUAUGCACUUGGCAUGCUAAGUUUUGCAACUGUCAGAUGUAGUGAUUGGUUACCUAGAACCCACCUGUUAUAUUAAGUCCUCUGUAGUAAAGCAAUAACACUCUUUGUUAGCUAA